AUGGAAGUUUUGAGCAGAAUAAAUAGUGACCGUCAGCUGUUAUUAACAAUUAAAAGUAGAAAGACAGCAUACUUAGGUCAUCUAAUCCGUAACAAAAAAUAUCAUAUUCUGCAAUUAAUCCUGCAAGGUAAAAUGCAUGGCAAAAGGCGGGUUGGACGAAAGCAAAUGUCGUGGCUGCGAAAUAUCAGACAAUGGACUGGCAUACAAACAAUCGGGCAACUAAUUAAUACGAAUGGCAUUCUCACAUUUUUAACAGAAUUUCCGGAAUUUUUAAAUCAACCAUUCCCCCUGGAAUACCCGUCUAUAUCACCAUUUUAUUCAAAUAUUGAUACGACUGGAGCAAAUUCAUCCUCUAUUAUUGUAUUCUUUAGUACACAAGAUGAAGAUAAAUUACAAAAAGCAUCUGAUUUAGUACGUUAUGCAUUUGCUGAUAGUGAAGAUUUCGAAGCUAGUAUAUUGUAUGUUGCAACAUGGGAAAAUGUUGGAUACUACAACGCAAAACAAGAUAAACAAAAUAGUUUUCAGGCAGUCAUCAUAUGCAAUAAUGAUGAAACUUAUGUGCAGUUUAUUUAUAAAAAAAAUGGUCUUAAUUGGUUACAAGGUGAUAUUGGUGAACUUGGUAUAUCAGAUAUUAGAGCACAAUCUGGUUUUAUAUCAGAAGACGGAAGAUAUUUUACAAUAAUGGGAUCUGGAACAGAAAAAGCCAGAUAUUUUAGUUCUCAAAGUAAUAUUGGUGUACCUGGUGUUUGGAUAUAUCGAGUUGGUAAAUUGGAAUACGAUGAUAAUGUCGAGGAACCAAAUAAUGUGGAAAUUCAAGAGCUUGAACAACCCGAAGCUUCUUCAUGUUCUGAUGGUCUUUAUAAAAAAUGUCACACAAAAGCUCAAUGUGUUGAUAAUUCAAGGGGAUUUUGUUGUAAAUGUAAUGAUGGUUUUUAUGGCAAUGGUUUCUCAUGUAUAGAUCGUAAGGUACCAAUUCGUGUAACUGGUUCAAUAUCCGGUACAAUAAAUGAUCAAGUAAUAGAUGAAAGAGCCAAAAUUCAAGCAUAUAUUGUCAUGUCUGAUGGUAGAAGUUAUACAGCUAUAACACCAAUUGAUCCAGAAAUUGGUCAUCAAUUAAAAUUAGUCCUGCCGUUAGGUCUUGCAAUUUCAUGGUUAUUUGCUAAACCUGUUGGUGCUGGACUCAAUGGUUAUCAUUUGACUGGAGGUGUAUUAACACAUUAUUCAACGUUACUAUUUAAAGAGACUGGAGAAAAAUUUUAUGUUAAUCAAACAUUUGAAGGACUCAAUUAUUGGGAUCAAUUAUCAGUUAAAAUAGAAGUAUCUGGACGAUUACCGCUAAUAGAAGAUGGCCCAAAAUUGCAAUUAAGCGAUUUUAUUGAAGAAUAUGAAUUUAUUUCAGAAAAUAAAUUACGAUCAGUUAGUGAUCAGGCAAUAGAAUUACCAUCACAUGAUGAAAUAAUUGAAUAUCGUUUAGAACAAAUGAUUGUAUUUAAGAGAUGUGUGUCAGAUGAUGAUUUAAUGGAUUCUCGUAAAACAAUUGCACAAAAAAAUUCAAAAGUUACUCUUGAUUAUGGUAUUAAUGAACAAGCUAUAAGAAUGUCUAUAUUGUCUAAGGUUGGUGUUGAUCCAUCUGGAAAUCCUUGUUUAGAUGGAACAUCAAUUUGUGGUUAUAACACAAUUUGUAAACCAACCGGCUUAGAUACUUACGAAUGUGGAUGUGAAAAUGGAUAUGUUCUAGAUAUUGCAAGUAAUGAAAUCCAACAUUGUGUAGAUAUUGAUGAAUGCAGGUCUGGUUAUCAUAUUUGUGAUGAGAAUGCAGAAUGUGAAAAUAAUGGCGGCGGUUAUACUUGUAAAUGUUUUGAUGGUUAUGAAGGUAAUGGAUAUGAAUGCAAACCAAUUAUGGAUGAUCAUAGUACAUCAAAAAAUCCUGAAAUUACGUAUGACGAAAGACCGAUAUUACAUGCAAAUAAUAAUAAUUACAGUAGUACCAGUCAUAUGGAUUGGAAUAGAAGUAAUGAAGAACAUGAACGUGAACAUGAACAUGAUCGCCAACAUGAACAUGAUCGCCAGCAUGAACAUGAAUAUGAACAUGAGCAUGAACAUGAAGAUGAAAAUACACAUCAACACAAACAUAGACAUGAACAUGAACACGAUCAUAAUAAAUGGAACGAUGGAAAUAAUGAAUAUAAUAAUUGGCAUAUGACAACCCAAUUGAUUAAUGCUUUGGAAGAUCCAUGUGAAAAAUGCUCACCAAAUGCUAUUUGUGUCAAUGGUCAUUGUCAUUGUAGAGAAGGUUUCGUUGGUGAUGGUAUUUUUUGCACUUCUUGUAGAUUAGAUGAACAUUGGGUUGAUGGCCGUUGUAUACCAUCAUAUCAAGCAACAGAGGUACAACCACUUUGUGACGAAAGAGAAGAAUGCACUUGUCCAGAUGGGUACGAAUUUAUAUAUGAAGAAAGUGCCUGUCGAUUUGUUGGUUAUGUUCAAGCAAUAGAAUUUCCAGAUGACCAAGUUUCAUGUGAAAUCGAUUAUCACUGCCAUCAGAACGCUACUUGUGAAUGGUCAGAAGCUGUUGGAAAACAUAUUUGCAUUUGUUCUAGAGGAUUUAUAGGCGAUGGUCUAACUUGUAUUAAAACGGAAAUUACUUGUACUACGCAACCAUCAAUUUGCCAUGAAUAUGCUACUUGUGAAUAUGAUCAAGAACUAGGAAAAUCAGAAUGUAUGUGCCUCAAAGGUUAUAUGGGUGAUGGUUAUCAUUGUGAAAUAGCACCCGAAUGUAUGGAAAAUUUUGAAUGUUCUGAAAAUGCAUAUUGUGAUCAAGGUGUAUGUGUUUGUCAAAGUGGUUUUGAACGUGAUCUAGCCGAUCAUUGUGUUCCAACUGGUACUUGCGGAUUGGCAAGAUGUUCUGAAAAUGCUAUUUGUAAAUUAGAGCCACAACAACAUAUUCAAUAUUGCGAAUGUUUGCCUGGUUAUGCUGGCGAUGGUUUAACAUGUGAAAGCAUUCCACCACCGUGUAAUAUUAGAAAUAGCUGUGGUUUACAUGCUUCAUGCAUUCGAUUGCAUAAGGAUAAUCCAAAUUAUGAAUGUGUUUGUGAUCCAGGUUUCAAUGGUGAUGGAAUUUUAUGUAUUGAGGAGCCGAAUUGCAGAAAUACACCGACAUUAUGUGAUCCUAAAGCAGUUUGCGAAUCAACAGAAAUGGGUUUAAUGUGUGUUUGCCCAGAUGGUUUCUUAGGAAAUGGAACAUUUUGUAAGGAAAUUGCUCCACAUGAAUUUGGUUUUCUUCUAAUUAGUCAAGGAUUAGUAAUUAUUCGGAUUCCAUUUAAUAGUAAACUCGGUAAACCAAUAUCGUUGGCGUCGAUGGCAAUUGGUUUAGAUAAAGAUUGUGUUGAAGGUCGUGUAUAUUGGGGAGAUAUUGCAGCUAAAAAAAUAAUGAGUGUCAAAUAUGAUGGAACAGAGAGUAAAGAAUUUAUAACUGAAAACUUAGAAUCACCUGAAGGUAUUGCAAUUGAUUGGAUUGCUAGACGUUUAUAUUGGACUGAUUCUGGUAAAGAUACAAUUGAGGUAGCUAAUAUAGAUAAUCCACAAGAAAGAGUUGUAAUCAUUAAAAAACAUUUAGUUAAUCCACGUGGUAUUGCCGUAGAUCCAUUUAAACAAAAAUUAUAUUGGUCUGAUUGGAAUCGUGAUUCACCAAAAAUUGAAAUGUCAAAUUUAGAUGGUACUGAAAGGCGAACAAUUGCUACAAAACCUGAAUUAAUAUUACCAAAUUCAUUGGUUGUUAUACCAAAUACGGAUGAAUUAUGUUAUGCUGAUGCUGGUUCACAUAAAAUAGAAUGUUUAGAUUUGGGAAAUGAAAAUUCAAGAACAGUUGCUAGUAAUUUAUCAUAUCCAUUCGGUUUAGCAAAUACUGAUGAAAGUUUCUAUUGGACUGAUUGGACAACAAAACAAAUUGAAAGUGUUGAUAUACAUGGUAAUAGAAAACAAGGUUUAAGAAUUCCAGUAUUCGGUAGUCAUAAAAUGUUUGGUAUGACAGCUGUUGAUAAUUAUUGUCCACGCGGUUAUAAUCCAUGUCAAAUUAAUAAUGGUGGAUGUACAGAUAAUAGAAUUUGUUUACCAAAUAAUCGAUCACCAUCGGGUAAAAGUUGUAAAUGUACCAAAUUAUCGAAAGAUUGUGAUUUCGAUGAUAUGCAUCAUCAUUUAUAAAACAUGAAAUGGAAAAAAGGAUUCUAAAAAUACAAAGGAUA